ACAUUCCUUUCUCAAACAAUUCAUCUCCGUCUCCCUCCCCCCCCCCCCCUCUCUCUCUCUCUCUCUCUCUCUCUCCAUCUCCAAGACACAAAUGGAGCUUCUAUCGGCGGCUCUGUUUGGCCUUCUCUUGGCUUCCAUCCUUCCUCUCAUUUUCUUCUUCGCUUUCAAAGAUGGAAUCAACAGCUCCUCCCCUCCCAAUCCCAUCCAUUCUAAAUCUAUCAAUUCCCCCUCCGCCGCCGCCCUACAGAUUCCCCCCCACUCCGAUGACGACCACCCUGACGUCAUCGUCGUCGGCGCUGGUGUCGCCGGCGCCGCUCUUGCUUUUACUCUCGCCAAGGAUGGAAGAAAAGUGCACGUAAUCGAGAGGGACUUGACGGAGCCAGAUCGAAUCGUCGGAGAAUUGCUUCAACCCGGCGGCUAUUUGAAGCUCAUCGAGUUGGGGCUUGAAGACAGUCUGAACGGAAUCGAUGCUCAGCAGGUGUUUGGUUAUGCCCUCUACAAGAAUGGCAGUCACACCAGAUUGGCUUAUCCUUUGGAGAAAUUUGAUUCCAAUGUUUCUGGAAGAAGCUUUCACAAUGGCCGUUUCAUUCAGAGAUUGAGGGAAAAGGCUGCUGCUCUUUCAAAUGUGAGAAUGGAACAAGGGACUGUAACGUCCAUAGUUGAAGAAGAUGGGAUUGUGAAAGGUGUGCAAUAUAAAACCAAGAACGGCAAAGAGUUGACAGCUUAUGCUCCCCUCACAAUUGUUUGUGAUGGUGGCUUUUCGAAUUUGCGUCGCAAGCUCUGCAAACCUCAGAUUGACAUUCCCUCAUGCUUUGUUGGUUUGGUCCUGGAGAACUGCAAGCUUCCCCUUGAAAAUCAUGGACAUGUUGUGCUAGCAGAUCCAUCACCUAUCUUGUUAUACCCGAUUAGCAGCACAGAGGUACGCUGCUUAGUCGAUAUCCCCGGCCAAAAAGUCCCUUCUGUUGCUAAUGGUGAAAUGGCACACUACUUGAAAACUGCUGUAGCUCCUCAGCUACCGCCUGAGGUGUAUCCUGCCUUCAUUGCUGCAAUCGAUAAAGGAAACAUAAAAAGCACAACAAAUAGAAGUAUGCCAGCAGCACCACAAUCCACGCCAGGAGCACUUCUCUUGGGUGAUGCAUUCAACAUGCGACAUCCUUUAACAGGUGGAGGAAUGACGGUUGCUCUCUCUGAUAUCGUUGUGCUACGAGACCUUCUUCGACCCCUUUCUAAUUUAAACGAUGCUGAUGUCUUGUGCAACUAUCUCGAAUCCUUCUACACUUUGCGCAAGCCAGUGGCAUCUACAAUAAACACAUUAGCAGGUGCCUUAUACAAGGUGUUUUGUGCAUCACCAGAUCCAGCCAGGAAGGAAAUGCGCGAAGCUUGUUUCGAUUAUUUGAGUUUAGGAGGCGUGUUUUCAUCAGGACCAGUGGCCCUUCUCUCUGGUCUUAACCCACGCCCAUUAAGCUUGUUCUGUCACUUCUUUGCUGUUGCUAUAUACGGUGUUGGUCGGUUGCUAAUCCCAUUCCCCUCACCUAAGCGUAUAUGGAUUGGAGUUCGGUUGAUUACGGGAGCAGCGGGCAUAAUUUUUCCCAUAAUAAAGGAUGAAGGAGUGAGACAAAUGUUCUUCCCCGCAACAGUGCCUGCAUAUUACAGAACACCUCCUAUGUUGUGAAAGCAAAGGAACAAAGAAAAGAAAAGAAAAGAAAAAAAUGAAAAUCACACAAAAAAUGAAAAAAGAGAAUUUCUGUGAAGAAAACCUUAUUGUAUUUAGUAGUGUAUCUCCCAAAGUCCAAAGAAUUGAAGGAGGAAAGGCUACUUAUAGGAAAAUGAACUUAAAUGUAGAGUUUAUCUCUUGAGCUUUAUUUUAUUAUUAUUAUUAUU